AUGGGCAAGAACCGUCGGCGGUCCGCGCUGACAAAAUCAAUACAAGCUGCCAUCUUGCGCAAUCCCGAUCAAUUCAAGAAGACAACCUUGGGACGACUGUUGGCAUUUUUUACUCUCUUCCACGUGAAGUUGAUCAAACAUGAGCAACAGCUGUUCCAAAAACUUCGUCGAGAGAUCUGGCAGUUUGAUGAGGAUGAGUAUCACGCUAGCUUUCGCACUACCAGUGGUCAGCCGCCACUGAAGCCGAUGGGUGAUCUAGGGUAUUCAGGAUCGACCUUCUUCGGAACUCUGGAUGGACGCUACGUGAUCAAAAGUAUCCCGCGCCAUUUUGAAUACACCUUUUUCCAGUCGGAUCUGCUCGAACCGUAUUAUGACCAUAUGCGCGAGCACCCGGAUUCGAUGCUCGUUUGGAUUACAGACUACUUGAUUGCGCCCUACUCGACGCUCGGGACUGUGCUGAGUUUCACGCCAGCCCAUCAUAUCAUUAUGGAGAACAUCCUCUGCGGCAAGUCUGAUGAUCCUGCCAGUGAACGGUGGGAGACGUACGAUCUCAAGCCGCUCGAAUACUUCUAUCCAGAACGUGAUCUGGUACCAGAGCCUCUUGUGAGCGAGGAUACGUUGGAUAGAUUGGCCGAUCAAUUCAAUGACAAGCUCUUCCUCUCGACAGAAGACUGUAACAGGUUCAUGGAGGCAAUGAGACAGGAUACAAAGUUCUUGGAAGAUGCCAACGCUGUGGACUACUCCAUGUUUUUGGUGCGGAUACCGGCUACCUCGACACCCGAGGUGCUUGGUAGACAAAGUCCAUGGCGAGCUGGCAUUCCCUCUGCAGAUGGGAAGUGGAAAUACCGGGCUGUCAUUCUCGACUUUUUCUGGGCAAAGCACAAGCUUCAUGCUCAGGCUUUGUCAGGAGUGGUGCAAACGUUUAAUGUUGUGGGUCGUCAAGGCCCCAUGUCCAUCACGACCACCUCGACUGAUUACCGAGAGAAAUUCUUGGCGAUGGUUGAAGGCAUGAUUGAGAUUCGUUAA